GUUACCCUUUGUCUCUUUCUUCUUUCUUCUUCCACCUUUCUUUCUUUUCUCGAGAGCUGAGCUCUCUUCAGGUCUUGCUCUUGGAUUAACCGUUUCUCGCGUCGCUAUCUCUGUCCUCUCUUUACUGGUCUUCAAGCUUUUUUGCAAACAAUCCCUCAAACUGCGAGCCGGGUCUCCAUACAAUAGGGCAUCUCGACUCCAGCCUAAUUCUCAAGUUCCAGCGUCUUCAAUACCUCCAAUUCAGUCGUAGAACGAUUUAACCGUCGAAUCUAUCACCAUGGGCAAUCUCAUUUGGCACGAAUAUGCGCGCUACGUUUCGAUUACUGCCAGUGUCUAUGCUGUCUGGGCAGGAUACUGGGGUAUUUUCUACCGAAAGUAUUUCUGGGACUUCGUUGACGGCCGCCUCCGUGACCCUGGAGGACUCCAAGCCGGACCCGACGCUGCGCCAAUGGUUGCCAUGAUCGUCAAGGCCCCUGUCAUCCAAGUCUUCGCCAUGAUAAUCGGCUUGGUCAUGUUGUGUAUGGAAUGCCCACUCCCGUUGAUCAAGAACACGUCCAUAUAUCGCAAUCUCAUCGUUCGGGUGGUCCUUCUGGCGGCUCAAUUCAUAUUAACGAUCCUGUUCUACCAAGGAGUCAACGCUGCCGUUUAUUCGCUCCUUGCAAUGUUUUGUUAUACGCGAGCAGUUAUGUUAGGAGAAGAGAUGAAAGAAGCGAAAGAGAACAGGGGAAGGGGAGGAGCUGCCUAAAGUAGUCCAGCAUAGGCACGUUGCUGGACUGCUUAAUUCUCGUGGCACACGCUUUCCCCUUCAUUCAUGUCUAUCUUCACGCAGAGAAGGAAAACUAAGCAAGCUUUCACCUUCAUUUACGUUAGGCUGGUCUUAACAACCCACUCCUUUUGGUUUCCGUUCUUUACAAUUUUUGAACACUUUCUUUCGCAAUAUCAGCCAAAGU